UUAUCAUGAUGAAGCGGGGAGUAUAUGUAGUUGCUGCAUAUGUGCAUAAUCUCGUGCAUAAGGAGUUUGAGUUAUCCAUUUCCUUAGGCAUUUGCUCCUGAACCUAUCAAUUUUGUUAUGCAUAUGCUUAUGUGUUUCCCAUUUAGUAUAACCGCGUUUCGAUAGAGGUCUUAUUAGUAUCAUCAAGAUCCAGUGAAGCAGUAGCGUUGUAAAUCCGAGGAGUAGAAUACUAAAUCAACCGUCGCAGUACUGAAUUUCGCUUUAGACCAAUAAGUUCUUUAUAAUACUUUGCAAUAGUGUCUUAAAAUAGUGUGCAAGAAAAGAAUACGUAUGAAUAAAUAAUGAAUAAGAGGACUCGUAACAUGUCUAAGAUUUUUAUUUUAUUCGCGUUGCUGCCGCGGCUAUUUUGUGCUGUGAUACGUGGUACAACUUCAUGCUCGGAAUACUUCGCAUUCACAAUAGACUAUGAAACACAGAAGGUAUUGGGACGAAUCGAAGUCAUAUCUCAACCCGAAAAUGACGAAUUUAAUAUUAAAGUAGCCUUAAACGUUACCGCUAAUUCGCCGAAACACUUAUGUCGAGUAGAAUUGGCACGACCGUUAAGAGAGUCCGUUCAAGCUCUUCAACAAAACAAACAUUUGUUGUAUCAUGUUUAUUUUCCUACGGACGCUGGUCUUCCGACGCUAUCCGCGAUAUGGUUUAACAAUCGGCAAUAUUGCUUCGGCCCCGGUGCGUCUAAUGGAAGUAUCGUAGCCAAUAUUGAGGUGGGGCAUAUUGUGUACUCUCCUGACAAAGAACCACGGUCGAAGAAUUUUCAGCCGUGGAUUCGAAAUUCGAGUAGCUACAGCAUAGAGAAUCCAACUUAUGACAGCAACGCCGUAUGCGGUGUUACCAGUUACUAUACCGAUAGCACAAAUAGUCUGAUCCCCAACGGUGAAACCACUUUGCCGGGUCAGUGGCCGUGGGUAGUUGCACUCUACCAUCUUAAAAAAGAAAAAUCGUAUUCAAGCAGUUUCUUUUACUGUGGUGGUAGUCUUCUGACAAACAGACAUGUAAUAACAGGGGCGGACGUCAUGAAACUAACAAGGGCUACCAACGAAACAAUAGACCCCAAAUUGGUACAAGUGGUAUUGGGGCGAUAUCACUUGCUCGAAGUGCAAGGAGAAGGAUCUGCCAUACGUAAAGUCGCGAGCUACGUGAUUCACCCCGAUUAUGAGCACUAUAUUAGCACUGAUUUCAAUAUGGCGGUUUUGACCCUCGAGAGCCCCGUCGAGUUCACUCCUUUUAUCAGGCCUAUUUGUCUAUGGUCUGGUUCACCUACAUUUGAAAAAGUCAUUAAUAGGGUAGGAUACACCGUAGGAUGGGGUAAAGACGAGCAUGAGCAACGUGAUUCUCAAUUACAACGGAUGUUGAAGGCGUCGAUAAUGAGUCUAGAGGACUGUAUCAAGGAUGAUAUUGGAUACUCUUAUGUGACCACAAAUAAUACUUAUUGUGCUCGUUCCCUUGACAACAACCGUCCUUGUUGGGGUAACAGUGGGGACGGGAUGAUACUUCUAAACAAUAUCACUGGCAGUUAUGAGUUGCGUGGCAUUAUUGCGGGAAUUUUAGUUCCACCCGGCUAUGCCUUCUGCGAUCCACGAUUACACGUCAUCUAUGUCGAUGUGGCCAAAUACGUACCCUGGAUUCAAGAACAAAUUUCGGUGUAACGUUCGUCUCCAGUCGCAAAACGCAAUAAAUGGUAAUCGAUAAGUUUCUUUAUGUAAAGUUUAUUCGAAGAUGCGGUACUUUAUGUACUUAUAUGUAAACAGUUACGCACUGGAAUUAAGCAGUUACGAAUUUUGCUUUUGAUUAUAUAUUCCGAGUAUUCUUCUAACAUCUUUCUAAUCUGGAUACAAGGCAGAAUAAAUAAGUAACAUACAUAUAAUUAUUUGCCAUAUUGGACUUAUUACUAAUAAAAAAUAUGAAUCAUAA